AUGACGACGAUUUCUCAAAUCCUAUCUUGUUUCAAGGAGUUCACGCACCCAAAAUGUGAAGUUUGCCAUCAAUUUAUCCCAAAUAAUGGAGCCGGUCUGAUUGAGUAUAGAUGCCACCCCUUUUGGUCUCAAAAGUAUUGUCCAUUACACGAGCAUGAUAACACGGCUCGUUGUUGCAGUUGUGAGCGUCUAGAGUCAUGGAAUGUAAGAUACAUCUCUCUUGGAGAUGGACGGAGUCUAUGCUUGGAGUGUAUGGAAUCCUCUAUAAUGGACACGGGUGAUUGUCAACCUCUCUACCAUGCAAUCAGAGACUACUAUGAGGGAAUGAAUAUGAAGCUGGAUCAGCAAAUUCCCAUGCUUCUUGUUGAAAGACAAGCGCCUAAUGAAGCUAUUGUUGGGGAAAAAAACGGCAACUAUCACAUGCCUGACACCAGAGGUUUAUGUCUUUCUGAGGAGCAGACUGUCACCAGUAUCCUUAAACGGCCAAGGCUUGGAGGCCACAAGGUUGUUGGAAUGAGAACACAUCCCCGCAAGUUGACCCGGAAAUGUGAAGUCGCAGCCAUUCUGGUUCUCUAUGGUCUUCCAAGGUAA